CAUGGAGCCUAGGUGUUGAGGGCUUAGACUCUGGAGCCCAGCUGCUGGAAUGUGGGCCCUGCAGCUGUUACUGUUGAGCUGUGUGUCUGGAGCCCUUCCCUUAGCCUUUCCUGAAUCUCAUUCUCCAUUUGUUAAAUGACGUCAUUAAUAAGGCAAAUGAUUUUGUCGCUAAAUGCCAGUGGAAACUUUCUAAUAGUCAUAACUGUCACAAGGUCUGAUGACCUCACAGUUAUUUUGCCCUUAACGGAUGCCAUAAAAUGCCCGAAAAGCUUUCCCUGGGUCGACUCACUUCAUUACAACUCCCUGAGGGAAUACCAUUGUUAAUGUCUUAUGUGGUCUGUGUACUAUGAAAUAUCCACCACCAUCUCUGAUGGAUUCCAGCGCACCUUGUUUCACUUGAGUCUGUCCAGUCUUUAGAGUUAACAGAGGAACCCUAGUUACUGAUUCCAGACUUUGACCUCAUCAAAAAUUAACAGCAGCCAAUUUGCAUUCUUCUGGGUUAUAUAUUGUUUGCCAGAUAUUCAGAAUUAUUGUGUGCCUCUGGGCAGAGAACUCACAGUUCAGAAUAUCUUUUUUUUUUCCCUUUAGUACAGGGUCUUGCUCUGUCACCCAGGCUGGAGUGCAGUAGUAUGAUCAUAGCUUACUGCAGCCUCCACUUCCUGGGUUCAAGUGAUCCUCCCACCUCAGCCUCCCAGGAGCUGGGACUACAGGCACAAAUCACCAUGCCCAAAUAUAUAUAUAUAUUUUUCAAUCUCCUAUUUCUUUCCUCUCUCUUGUUUUGGAAGUUACUCAGCAAGCUACAUCUGUCUAAUUGGAUAUGUAUGUCCAUAUCCUGUUAGAAUCAAGUAUUUCAGAGUAUAAGCAUGAUAGUAAUAAAGCUCGCAAUAUUAUCAUUAAGCCACUUACUUUGGAGAUCCCAUGAUGAACCCAAAAUCUCCCCUAUUGCUGACCCUGGAGACCUGUUAAGUCUAGGUGAAAUAAUAUCAAGAUUUAGACUGAUCUUUUUUUUCCCAAUCUCUUUGCCUCUGAGUAACCAUUCUUCAAAUUCAGAACCACACUCAGGGUAAAAUAUAAGUAAGGGCUAUUUAUUUUUUUGCCACUGUUCUGGCAUCUGUAGACAAUACAGUUUAUUUAAUUUCAGGUUUUCACAGUUAUAUACAGUCAUACCUCGGAGAUAUGUGGGUUCGCUUCCACAGACCAUCAUAGUAAAGUGAAUCAUACAAAUUUUUUGGUUUCCUAGUGCAUAUAAAAGUUAUGUUGGCUGGAUGAGGUGGCUGUCACCUGUAAUCCCAGUGCUUUGAGAAGCUGAGGUAGGAGGAUCACUUGAGUCUAGGAGUUUGAGACCAGCCUGGGCAACUAUAGCAAGACCCCAUCUCUACAAAAAAAAAGUUUUACAUCAGUCAGGUGUGGUGGAGUAGCUGUAGUUCUAGCUAUUCAGGAGGCUGAGGCAGGUGGAUUGCUUGAGCCCAGGAGUUCAAGGCUGCAGUAAGCUAUGAUUGUGCCACUGCAUUCCAGCCUGGGUGACAGAGUAAUACCGUGUCUCAAAAAAAAAAAAAAAAAAAAAUGCUGAGCGUGGUGGUUCAUGCCUAUAAUCCCAGCACUUUGGGAGGCCAAGGUGGGUGGUGGAUCACCUGAGGUCAAGAGUUCAAGACCAGCCUGUCCAACAUGGUGAAACCCCAUUCUCUACUAAAAAUAUAAAAAUUAGCCAGGUGUGGUGGAGCACACCUACAAUCCCAGCUACUCGGGAGGCUGAGGCAGGAGAAUCACUUGAACGCGGGAGGUGGAGGCUGCAGUGAGUUGAGAUUGUGCCACGGCACUCCAGCCUAGGCAACAGAGCAAUACUCCAUCUUAAAAAAAAAAAAAAAAAAGUUUAUAGUCUAUUGUGUGCAGUAGCAUUAUGUCUAAAAAACAAAGGAUGCACCUUAAUUGUAAAAUACUUUGCUUAAAAAUGCUGACAGAGAAACAAAGUGAGUAUGUGUUAUUGGAAAAAUGGUGCUAGUAGACUUCAUCAGUGGAGGAUUGCCAUAAACCUUCAAUUUGUAAUAAAAAUAAAACCCCACACGUUAUCUGCAAAGCACAAUAAAAUGAAGUAUGUUAUAUGUUGAUUUUCAGGAAUUAGAGGAAAAUGAGAGUAUUGUUGUCAUCGGAAAUAAGAGGAUUGUUUUGCCAAGCUACUGAAAAAAAAAACUUUCAUUCCUUUGUCAACUGCAAGAAUGGUAAUAUUUGACAAGAAAAACCCAACUUGUCAAAUACUAUGAUUCUUGCAGUUGACAAAGGAAUGAAAAGUUAAUAGCAUAUGUGAGGCUGGACACGGUGGCUCACAUCUGUAAUCCCAACACUUUGGGAGGCCAAGGCGGGUGGAUCACCUGAGGUCAGGAGUUGGAGGCCAACCUGACCAAUGUGGCAAAACCCCAUCUCUACAAAAAAUACAAAAAUUAGCCAGGCAUGGUGGCAGGCACCUAUAAUCCCAGCUACUGGGGAGGCUGAGACAUGAGAAUAGCUUGAACCCGGGAGGUGGAGGUUGCAGUGAGCUGUGAGAUUGCAACACUGCAUUCCAGCCUGGGCAACAGAGGGUGACUCCGUCUCAGAAAAAAAAAAAAAAAAAAAAGUAUAUAUGAGCAUUUAACAAGGCUAUAGGUUUUGAUUUUAAGCCCUGAAAACCCCCAGGUUUAGUUUCAUUGGGAAUUUGUAUUCAAACAUGUCUCUGCUCUGGAUCCAUAGGUGGCACAAUUUUGCCAGUUUUUGAUGCAUAAAUGGUGACAGUAUCCUUUAACAAAAUUCCUAAAGUAGUCUUUUAAAAAAAUAAUUCUGAAAAUCUGGCCAAUGAAACAGGACUCGGAAGAAAAUACUACCCAUUGAAAUUGGAAAGCCUGUUUUCAAUUUGGGGUCUGCUUUUUUUUUUUUUUUUUAAUUGCUUUAAGAGAUUAAGGAUUUUAGACACAAACACGUCAUAAAGUGUUUUUAGAUUUGCAUGAACCUACUGUGGUUUAGUAUAAAUAAACCCCUAACAUGACUUUUACAGAUGCCUGUGAGGGUAUCUUGGGGGUUUCUACACUGCCUACCCCAAACCUGACUUCAGUCAGAGCCAACAGGGCCCCAUGUAGGCAAAGGCUAUGUCAUUAAUUCUCAAAUGAGAUUUGUCCAAGCGGGAAAUGCACUUCUAGUGCAGUAGUUUUAGGCCAGCCUUUUUCAGAGCCUCAGGCUCUGCCUGUCACCUUGAAGACAUCCAUGUGGGUCCCCUCAGGGCUUCUCUUUGCCAUACAAAUAAAAUGAUUGCUCCCACCAAUGUUUGCGUCCAUGGGAGAGGAGGUAGGAGCAGCAGUACUUGUCCUGUGUGUGGGAGACACUUGAAGGGCUCAGUGGGAAUUGUCAGCAGCAGGGAACAGAACAGGUGGUGAGAAGAGUCAUUCCACUGAGUUUCUGGGCCUUUGACUCUUUGAAACUUCCUUCUCCUCUAUCCAACCUCCCUCUCCAGAAAAAAAAAAAUAAUUUAAAAAUGGAAUCAGUAUAAUCAGUGAAGUAGCUGUAUUCCAGUGAACAAGCAGCCUGCCCUUGCAUCUGCAUGCAUGCAGCCUUGGCGUUUUCUCUAGAAAAAAAAGAGGUUCUACCUCGUGCAUGAAUACAGGUGGAGGCCAAGACCAGCAUUAACAAAGGCUGUGUGUGUUUGCCAUGGAGCUUGGGAGGGCUAACGGUCAUUUUACUUCUGCCUCAGACCAUCACACUUUGUCCCCAGAACAAAGCCAAGAGUCCUUGGUCAAUGAAAGUGUGUAAAUAUCCUCACACUUCCCCUAGUAGUUCGUUUUUAGGCUGUAAUCAUGUGGUAAAGAAAAGAACCUAACUUCUUAAAAUCUUUCCCUUUUUGGAUGUAGAUUGAAAUUUUUAUUUUAAACACAAUGGCCCUAAUGUCUAAAUCUAAUGUUAGUAAUUAAUCCCUAGUGCUUUAAGGAUCUUCUGUUUAUAGGCAGUUAUUUUAUGGAGCUGGUCUCUGUGAGAGGCAGACUGCCAGGAGGGGUUGAGAUUUCCUUUAACCAGGAUUCUUAGUUCUGAGUGGCUCUAGUGAAUAACAUUAACAAUGAAUGAUUCUCUGGCCGGGCACUCACGCCGGUAAUCCCAGCACUUUGGGAGGCCGAGACGGGUGGAUCACUUGAGGUCAGGAGUUCGAGAUCAGCCUGGCCAACAUGGUGAAACCACGUCUCUACUAAAAAUACAAAAAUUAGCCGGGCGUGGUGGCAGGCGCCUGUAAUCCCAGCUACUUGGUAGGCUGAGGCAGGAGAAUUGCUUGAACCUGGGAGGCGGAGGUUGCACUGAGCCCACAGUGCGCCACUGCACUACAGUCUGGAUGACAAGCAAAGCUCAAUCUCAAAACAAUAAUAAUUUUUAAAGUAAUGAUUAUCUUAACCAUUCUUAAAUCCUUCUGUCUAGUAGGAAUCUUAUUCAUGGGAGUGUCUGGAAAAGGGACAAAGAGAGGCUAUUGAGAUUUUUUUAAAGCCUCGAUUUGGGAUGUCUGAACACAGUUAGUAACAACUCCAAAGCCAUUUAAAAUUCAUCUUUUUUUCUACCACCGGACUGAGAUUUUCAGUUUUAUUCCAAGGUUCCAAUCAUACAGAUGUGAAUCAAACCCUGUUGGGCCAAACGGGAUCUCCUUUGUUGGCGGAUAAUUUCAAGUGCUCACAGAGACUCUCCGUUUUUUUUUUAAAUACCUGGACUUAAUUGUUUAAACUGGAGUCCGGACCAAAACAUCUCUGACCUCGGGGGUCUUCCUUUGGUCAGGAAGAGGGGAGGGGGCAAUUGGACCCCUUUCCCUCUGCGGCUGCAGAGUCCCAUUUUCCUCUGGGGACAUUUGCUUUUUCCCUUGGGGAAGACAGUAUGGAUUCUAGUUCUGCGGACUCUUUUACUUAGCUUUGAAACCCAAGCAAGUUACUUGGUUUGUGCCUCUUAUUUUACUCUAAUGCAAUGAAUAAAAAGAGUCCCAGCCUUCGCCCUAAGGGAGCAGGAGCGCCUGCGAUGACCCCUUUCCAAGUCCUCAGGGCGAAUCCGCCAAAUGCGCGAGCUGGGUAGCCCACCCCUCUCAGCUGCUGGCCGGAAGCGGAAGUGCGCGUCCGUCGCCUCGCCGUUUCCCAUAGCUGUCGCCUGCAGCUGAGAAAGGGUUGCUGUCCCAGCAGGCCAGGCCCAGGGCUGGGUAUAAGUAAGCAAGAAGAGGGCCUGGGAGAAGAGUCUGACGAGCAAGGGGAAGGUAGCCAAGGAUGGAGUGAAAUACAGGAGAUGCGGUCUUGCUGUGUUGCCUAGGCUGGUCUCAAACUCCUGCUCUCAAGUGAUCCUCCCGCCUCAGCCUCCUGAGUACAUUUAUAUUUAAAGUAAUUAUUGAUGGCUCUGCCUGCUUAGGACUCUGCCCAGCCAGGAAGGAAACCUACAGGAGGAAGAAUGGCUGCAGGGUGGCUGACAACCUGGUCACAGAACUCAGUGACCUUCCAGGAAGUGGCAGUGGACUUUUCCCAGGAGGAGUGGGCAUUGCUGGACCCUGCUCAAAAAAAUCUAUACAAAGAUGUGAUGCUGGAGAACUUUAGGAACCUGGCCUCAGUAGGGUAUCAGCUCUGCAGACACAGUCUGAUCUCCAAGGUGGACCAAGAACAGCUGAAGACAGAUGAAAGAGGAAUUCUACAAGGUGACUGUGCAGACUGGGAAACUCAACUUAAAUCAAAAGAUAUAAUUGCUAUGCAGAACAUUCCUGGGGGAAAAACAUCCAAUGGCAUAAACAUGGCAGAAAAUCAACCUGGUGAGCACUCCCUGGAGUGUAACCAUUGUGGGAAAUUCAGAAAGAACACUCGCUUUAUUUGUACAAGAUAUUGCAAGGGAGAGAAAUGCUAUAAAUAUACAAAGUAUAGCAAAGUCUUCAACCAUCCCUCAACUCUUAGGAGUCAUGUGAGCAUUCACAUUGGAGAGAAAACUCUUGAAUUUGCUGAUUGUAGAAAAGCUUUCAAUCAAGAGUCAUCCCUCAGGAAACACUUAAGAACUCCCACAGGACAGAAGUUUCAGGAGUAUGAGCAAUGUGAUAUGUCCUUCAGCCUACACUCUUCCUGCUCAGUACGUGAGCAAAUACCUACUGGAGAGAAAGGUGAUGAAUGCAGUGACUAUGGCAAAAUAUCUCCCCUUAGUGUCCACACAAAAACUGGUAGUGUGGAGGAGGGUUUGGAAUGUAAUGAACAUGAGAAAACUUUCACUGACCCUUUGUCCCUUCAGAACUGUGUCAGAACUCACUCUGGAGAGAUGCCCUAUGAAUGCAGUGACUGUGGGAAAGCCUUCAUUUUUCAGUCUUCCCUUAAGAAACACAUGAGAUCUCAUACUGGAGAGAAGCCUUAUGAGUGUGCUCACUGUGGAAAAUCCUUUAGCCAGAGCUCUCAUCUGAAUGUGCACAAAAGAACUCACACUGGAGAGAAACCCUAUGACUGUAAGGAAUGUGGGAAGGCUUUCACUGUUCCUUCAUCCCUUCAGAAACAUGUGAGAACCCACACUGGAGAGAAACCCUAUGAAUGCAGUGACUGUGGAAAAGCCUUCAUCGAUCAGUCAUCCCUUAAGAAACACACACGCUCUCACACUGGAGAGAAGCCUUAUGAGUGUAACCAGUGUGGAAAGUCCUUCAGCACAGGCUCUUACCUUAUUGUGCACAAGAGAACUCACACUGGUGAGAAAACCUAUGAGUGUAAAGAAUGUGGGAAGGCCUUUAGGAAUUCCUCUUGCCUGAGGGUACACGUGAGAACUCACACUGGAGAGAAGCCUUAUAAAUGUAUUCAGUGUGAAAAAGCCUUUAGCACAAGCACUAACCUUAUAAUGCACAAGCGAAUCCACAAUGGCCAGAAACUCCAUGAAUGAAAUGACUACAGGAAAGUGUUUGUUGCCCCUCAUGCCUCCUUUCUCACUUUAGAACAUACAUUGGAGAGAAGCCCUGUUAUGGUCACCUGGAAACAGCCUUCUGGCCCAACUCUGGAUGUCUGUUAUACUGGGACAAACCUUAUAAAUGUUAUAGCUGUGAUUGUUUUUAUCAGUGAGUAUUUCAUUCUUGUAUGUGUCACAACUGUAGAUCCUAUGAAUAUUUUAGUUAUCUUUUCAGUUUAAUUGCAUUGUGAACAGAAUACAUGGUCUUCAAUAUGUAGAUUCUGUGUGACACAGAUUUGAAGAUAAUUGCUGGACACUGACUGAUGUACUGUGGCAGACAGAACUAGUUGCUGUCUCAAUAUCCAUUCCUCCCUUCUUUCUUAAAGUAAUAAAAUUUACCAUUUAGUUCAA